AUGGGGGCCUGGUGGACCUGGCCCGAGAACUUCGACGCUCCCUUGGUGUUUUACCUGACAGAAGAGCAGCAGACACGCGUGUUCGGCCUAGGGGACGCGUUCCUGCGCCGCAUGGAGGAGCACAGCCAUACCCUCAUCCAGCUGGAGCCCUGGUUCACAGCCGCGGGCCACACGCGAGUCACGGUGGUGGGGCCCCCCAGGGCCAGGCAGUGGCUCCUCAACAUGGCGUGGUAUGUGGGGCACCAGGACGUCCCCUUGCAAGCCGAAGGUCUGGAAAUGCUGCGCUAUGUCCGGAGCCAGCCCCUCACCACGGAGGACUUGGCCUUGGCUUCCAUUGUUUGUCCCGACACCAUGCUCCUGAGUGAUCCCUUCUCUCCGGACGGUGCUCAGGCUUCCUCAAGGUCGGAGCUUCUAGCUCCUGGGGUUCCAGGCAGUCAGUUUUCUCAUGAAGAAUGA